CCCACCCAGUGAUCCCCACUCAUUCCAAGUCCCCUGCCACCACCCCUCAAGCCCCUACCACCGCCAGCCUCUUCCUCCCCAGCCCUGAUUCCGACAACUCUGUCCCUGUGAGAAUCCACCUCUUCACGCAAGCCAUUUUCUAUCUUUGUACCGAAUAGAAAAAAGGAGAAAGGAGCGAACCGGAUAAGUUUUAUAUUGCCCCGAUUGUUGGCCCGCGGCGGGGUGGAAAAAGGGCAGGCCGAAAAAAGACUAUAUGAUGUGGAUCUGGUACAUCUUGCUUGGUUCGGGGACGGGCUCAAACUCGGUUGAGAGCCAGCUCCUUCCGGGGAACAACUUCACCACAGAGUGUAACAUCCCAGGGAACUUCAUGUGUGGGGACGGGAAGUGUGUCCCAGGCGGGUGGCAGUGUGAUGGACUGCCUGACUGCUUCGACAAGAGUGACGAGAAAGGCUGCCCCAAGAUAAAGUCCAAGUGUGCUCCGACAUUUUUCGCCUGUGCCAACGGGAUCCACUGUAUCAUCGGGCGCUUCCGUUGUAACGGCUUCAGUGACUGUCCUGACGGGAGCGACGAGGAGAACUGCACAGGUAACCCGCUGGUGUGCUUGGAGGCCCGCUUCAAGUGUCGUAACGGACGCUGUGUGGACCGCAGCUUCCUGUGUAACGGACAAGACAACUGUCAGGACAACAGUGAUGAGGAACACUGCCUCACCACCGCAGAGGCUCCAGGUCAGGACUUUGUAACCCUGGACUACCGGCUGCGCUACUACCCCAGCAUCACCUAUGCGGUCAUCGGCAGCGCUGUCAUCUUCGUCCUGGUGGUGGCGCUGUUGGCCCUGGUCCUGCACCACCAGAGGAAGCGCAGCGUGUUGCUGCCCCGUGGGGUCCGGGGGUCCUCCCACCACCACCACCAGCCCCUGCUGCUGUCCCGCCUGGUCAUCCUAGACCGGGGACAUGUCCACCCAGCAGGCUCUGGCCUCUCCCCCACCUCCCCGUCUGCUGCGGCCCAGUACACUGCAGGUCCCCCAGGGCUACAGCUGCUGUCUGGGGCCCUCUACCCCGCUGGCAUGCCCAUGGACUCACCGCCUUCCUACUCCCAGGCUGUACUGGAUGUCAGCCGGCCUCCGUGGUUCGACCUCCCACCGCCUCCCUACCUCCCAGAUGGGGUGGAACUGCCGUCAGAAGGUGACCUGCCCCAGUACGAAGCCCCCACAGUGCCCUCCACCCAGCCCAGCACACGCCCCUCUGAGCCCCCUACACCCAGAACUGUGGCCCCAGGCUUGUCCCGGCCUAGCCUCAGCUCCAGCGAGGAGUCGGACCAGUUGUAGUCCUCCUCUGGUUACUGCAUCUACAUAGGACUACAGUACCCAGCCUCAGGGCUGUGGAAGGCUGAAGAGAGAAGGGCUGUGCGUUAUGUGAAAGCCCACUGUCCUGCCUGCUGUGGGAAUGAGAGACAAGGCUCUAUUCUACCUAUAGCUACAACUGACUGACUGACUGACUGACUGACUGACUGACUGAGGCACUUGGAAUCAUUGCUAUUGUACGCUGGCGCCCUCUGCUGGAGAUUUAUCUACAUAUCCCUGACUGGGAUAAAUACUUAUUCAAUCAAUCAGUCAAUCAUCAGUCAAUUGCAUUUCAUCUGUGGCUAUAUAGCGCUUUUUACAAAUUAAUUUCUCACAGUCUGCUUAACAGAAACCAGAGCCUAAACUUCUAAAGACCAAGAAAAACUCCCACAGCCUCCCAACAUUAUUCAUCUACUAUUGGAAUGGUGAGGAACACUUGGUCAGUUGGGCUGAGAUCCUUUAGCUUGGUUGAGUUGACUAGAUAGAUGGUCAACCUGUGUAGUACAGUCAUGCAUUAACAAUGAAGUAGGAGUUGCAGUAACUAACAGUAUUUGUGGUACUCAUAAAGGGUCAAAUGACACAUGGUGUUACAGAUACAGUAGCAGAUGUACAGUGGCUUGCGAAAGUAUUCAGCCCCCUUGGCAUUUUUCCUAUUUUGUUGCCUUACAACCU